CACACAGAAGAAUAUCCUACUGCCAGCACUUCAUUUGUGACUUGAGCAGUGAUUAAACAGCAGUCUCUUUGUGCCACCCUGAGAGUGCAGCUAGAAUCGAAUGGAUUGCAUCCAAUAAAGAAAAGGGGAGAAUGUCAGUAAAGACACCUUUUAUCUCAGUGGUUCUUGCAUGUUGGCUCUUGUUAUGUCAUGGUCUUACCACUCCAAAGAGAGAGGCGAAGAAAGUGAAAAGCGAUGUUGCCUGUAGCAGAAUUGGAGGCAUUUGUCAACGUUCCUCAUACGUCUGCGCAGGGAGAUACCUGAAGAGCAAGUGUGCAGGCCCUGCAACCCGUCAGUGCUGUCUGGAAGAUUCUGGGGCAUGGGAUGUUCUAUGUUCUGGUCACCAUUCGAACAGAGUAAGGGGCUGUGACAAAUUUGGCUGUGGACAUUUCAAUUCUAAAAGGGGCAGUCACGUCCACAAGGCUGUGGACAUAGUGUGUGAUGAUUACACAGUUGUCCACGCUCCCUUCACAGGCAUGUUGAGGGGUCGAGUUCAGCCACAUGGGGAUUCCAGCACUAAUGAUGAUGGUGUUGAACUCUCAAACUCAGUGCACUGCGUGAAGAUUUUCAAUAUCCGUCCCAGCCGAUACAAAGGAUUCGUCUCCAAAGGCGAGAGCCUGGGCUACGUGCUCCCUAUGCAGGAAAAGUAUUCUGGGAUCACCUCUCACCUUCAUCUCCAGAUGUGUGACAAAUCUGAUCCUACACCCUACAUUUAAAGUGUAUCGUGCUUUGAAAUAGAAAGUGGGCACGAGUCUACUUUGUUGCUAAAUAUUACUUGACCUUCAAGGCAAUUCCAUUAAACUUUAGUGUCCCGGGAGUAUUUUCCAAUAUAAAAACAAUGAAUAAUAAAUCAUAUUAUUGUAACCGGAUAAUUUCUCCAAGGGAGUAUAUAUGUUGUAGAAGUUCUAUUAUAACCAGUAGAGGGCAGAACGCAUUUUAUUAAUAGUCGUUCAGGUGGGUAGCUGCGUCAGCAUGCGUAGGCUGCAAAGAACAAGUAUAGUCUGUGCAUGGCACUGUCUAUAACGUAGCACUAGAUGGCGACCGUCACCAACAAAAACACAAAUUAUCAUUUACAACGCUCUUAAAAUGCAGUAGGUUGUUUAAGACAAAAUUGGCUCAGAUCAGUCCUGUGUUUAUCUCGGAAUAUAUGCUGUUAAUUUUGAUUUAUAGAUACAUUUGAGGAAAUUCAACAAUAUUUACAGUUAUGCUGACAAAGUAGAACUUUUAUCCUAAUUUUUAAUAGUCUUUUAAUUAAUCUUUGCUGAGGGCUAAUUUUUUCAGGGCCAAGAACAGUUGUAUUGUUCCAGCCAAACUUGGGGGGAACAAAUAUCUGAUUCCUUUUGGCCUGGCUUACAAUCAUCUUUGAACUCUUUUAUUACAAUCACAUGAGCUUUGUACCUAUCUGAUACAAACUCUUGCUUAUCAUCAAUAAGUGUUGCUUUGUCCAUUUUCACUGUUGUGCUGCAUUUUUCAGGUUAUGUGAUAGCCAGACUGCUGAUCUUUCACAUAAAUAUUUUUCAUUCACUAUGCAUACACUACAAGUUAUAUGCUUUACAGCUACUUUCAUAUAAAUCAAAGAUUAUAUAAGCCAAUUGCCAGGGCCCUGGCCAAAGUGUCUGCAGGCUUUCAUUAAAUCUUGAAAGUAAAUGAACUAAAACAUCCAGGGACUGGUACACUUAACAGAUUCUCUCAGUUCUUCAAGUACUGCUUUAAAGACACCUAGAAAACCUGCAGACUCACUUGCUCUUCAGGACCAGGACUGGAUGCCCUGCAUUCAUAUUUUAAUUACUUUACAAAGUGAACAUGCUUUCAUGUUGUUUGUGGCUUUUUUAAAUCAUACUAGGUACUGCAAAUGUUUUAAAUGAAUUAAAUUUAGGAUCGAUUUCAACCUUGUGUAGAGAUCAUUUUCCUUUUUCCCAUUUAUUAUAUACUCUUAGACUCUUGUUCAUUACAAAUAAAAUAUAACAAAUAUA